ACAGUGUUUAAUCGAAGAAAGAAAGAGAUCAUGGGGCUGAGAUUAAAACUGUUUAGCAGUAUAACUCACUGCAAUAGAUAUCCUGUAUGUGGGAUUAUAUUUGGUUUUAUGAUCAGUACUGUACUUUAUAUUUUGGUUGGUGAGCAUGAUGUUCUGAGGAUAAAAACUGAUAAACAGCCAUUGUAUGGACGUUUAUCACCUGUUUCUACGCACAAAUUUAAACUGAUGAAUAAUCUUGACUUUGGUUCAUCGUCUGUUGGUAAAAGGCUUGAAGAAAGGAGAAAAACGCUGAUGUCCUAUUGUGCUGGAAAGGAAAUGAUUGGGAAGUUCACAGAAACAGAAGUGAAGAAAAAUUUAUUGUAUGACAUAAAACACAAAUUUAUUUAUUGUGCUGUGGAAAAGGUUGGGACAAGAUUUUGGAGAAGGUUGUUUCAAAUAAUCUCUGGGUUGUCUAAUGCCUCCAGUCCGUAUGAACUGGACAAUCCGCUGCUUCCAUUACCCGAUCUUAGCCGCAUUUCGUUUGAUUACAUUCAUUAUGUUCUUAAAAGUUCAACAAACUUUAUAAUUGUGCGGGAUCCGUACGCUCGACUCUUCUCUGCUUACACUAAUAAGUUAUUUGAAAUAAACCCACCUUACUGGAAAUUUAUGCAACCAGCAAUUAAAAUGUUCAGAGAAACUCCGAGCAAAACAAGUUUAGAAUGUGGCCAUGAUAUAACCUUUCCCGAAUUGGUGAAGUAUUUCAUUCAUACAGAGAAAAUUGGUUACAACAGGGACGGCCAUUUUAAACCUAUAACUGAUCACUGCAGGCCAUGUCAAAUACAAUAUGACAUAAUUGCUAAGCUGGAAACAUUACAAGUCGAUACCUUUUAUGUAUUAAAUAAUUUAAAUAUAUCCCACGCGGAGCUGUUAAUGAACACAAUGAAAAACCUCGGCCAUAGUUCAGAGUUUGACUCAAUAAAAGAUACUUCAAGCCAAUUACUUUACCUGAUAGACAGUGUACCUCAAUGUAUAACUAGGGCUGAAGGGUUACGGCGAAUCUGGAGAAGCUUUCAGUUUAGGGGUUUCAUUGGAAAGGACGUGAAAUACCCUCUCACCAGAAACAAAGAAUCAGACAUUGAAACUUGGGGAAUUGUACAAAUGCUCGAAAGAGCAAUGAGAGUAUCGGGUGAAAGAAAAUUACGUUUAAAGAAUCGCCAGCUUGUUCUGGAGGAGGCAUAUAGCCAAGUUCCUCUAGAAGACUUAUUAGAAUUAAGUGAUAUAUUUAAAAACGACUGCGGAGCCUUUGGAUAUGAUUGUAAACCGGAUUAUAUUUUCAACAAAUCUGAAAAACCAGAAACAAAUUUUCUUGAUAUAUGGAGUGCCUGAUUCAGUAGACAAUAUUAUGUUUAAAACUAAUGACAGGCUCUAAAUAAGACUAAAAAAAAGAAACACUUUAUUUUAUAAAUGGUAUAUCUUUACCCUGAGCUCAAGAUAUUGGAUAUGUGUCAGCAGUUUGGUAUUUCUGAAUAUGAUCAAAAUUUUACAAUUAAAUCAUAUUUUUUUUAAUGCAGACCCCGGGACUUUAAUUCCGAUUUCCAAUUGAAACUGAAACGGAUCAAUUGCAUUUUUAUCUUUCCAACCGUGAUUCGUGAAAUGAAAUGGAAAGGUGUUUUCUUCUCCGACUGGCAUAAUAAAGACGGACAUACGUCAUGCAGUGUGCUAUGAGACAAAUACUACGCCUUACUAUUAUUUCGAAUUCAAACUGUCAAGGGUAAUUUAACUAUACACGGGACCUUGGCGUUUCGUCCAGCGGAAACCAUACCGUAAAAUCACACCGGGACCACUAGGUUAGCUAGCCGCCUAUACGAGACUCUGGUAGUAUAGGCUGCCCCACACAAUCAAAAUUUGCUUUAUUAAAAGUUGAACUAACCACAGCGAAUGUUCACGCUCAAAUGACAAUUCACCGAGUCAUUACAGAGUAGACACGCGCCACGGGAAUAAUCCAAAGUCAUCCUCGGUAUCCCCAGUGGUCUCAUUCCGUUCUAACCCACUAACACCUUGGUUAAUCCAUAGGGUUUCCACGAUUUCAAAUUAUCUGCCCGCCCUGGUCUUGAUUGUAGCUAAAGUCAAUUAAAAAAGAGUUUACCGAUCAGCCUUACUAAUGAAACGGUCUUCGUUUCGCGUUCGUGUUUACACCGAGAAAAAAAAGUGGAUCAAAAAUAAGUUGAGAAAAUACUCAGCUAUGACUCAGUUCAUUGAAACUUGCGUCGACACUUCUGAGUCACUAACUUGUCACUUCCGAGUUAUUAAAUAAUCAUUACGAAUUUGUCCUAAGCGAGUCACAGCCUAGUCGAGUGAUUCAAGAAUGAGUCCUUCCGGUGAAAUGAAUUGUGGGUGGAAGUUUUGGGCGGCCGUUUGACGAAGACUUAACGCUUCUUGACCUAAAAGAAAACCCAAUGCAUCUACAAGUAUCUACCGUAAAAAAGGUGAAUCAUUUGCGUUUUUUGGUUAAGGAUAAAGCUUUAUACAAUAUUGUGUGUACUAUUAUACAGAUUAAGGGGCAUAUAUGAAAUAGGUCACUGGUUUUGAUUUUCAUUAAAAAUUCAAAUUCAAAUUUAUUAAAUCGUUCGUGUCGUUAAGAAAUUAUUAUCCAGUCGGUGAUUUAUCUGGAAAUCUUUAACUGCAUGGUAUUAGAACAAAUUAUACAAUAGGCCUAGAGUACAAGCGCAUAGGUCUAGGCUUAGUUAAGUUACUAGGCUAAUACAAUUGAGUCAAAAGCGAUUCGUAACUACUUCACAAAAACAGUAGGAAAAUAAGUAAACACUAAAUCACAACUGGGUCAAUAAUAGAUCACUAUUUUAUUUUAUUAGACUUUGUCAAUAAUAUGAUAGGAUUUUCGUACGUCUAACAGAUUUUGGCUUUAAAUCAUAUAUAAACUAUUAUUUAUUCACAUGGCAAACCCAUAAUCAACUCUCUAGAACAUCGAAAGGCAGAAAUUCAAAUGGAUUAGAACGCCCCCGAGAUUUAAAAAUUGUCCAGUACCGUUGCUACGAUAAUAAAAAAAAACACGCUACAUCUUCCAGCACUCAUAACUUCGCUCAGAAUGAAGUAAUUUGAUUGAAAUUUUCAAUAUUUUCAUUUUUCAUUAUCUAUUUUUGUACUAUUAUAGCGAGAACAGACAGCUCUUUAUCCAAAUCCUACAUAAUGCAUCUUAAAUGGACGGCCAGGGUUUUGCAAGUUUUUAUGGUAUGUUAACUAAUACCAAAUCUCACAUAAAGCGCUUCGGAAAUUCACUUGUAAGUUGUGUUGGGUUUUUUUUCUUUCUUUCAAGGCUUGCUAAGCAGAUUCAUCUUUAUCAAAAGAAGAAAUGGUAAGUAAAACAGACUUUUAAGUUUCACUUAAUUCGGAGGUGUGGGUUAAUGUUAUUUGACAUUUAAACCAUUUAAACAUCAGCUGCAACUUAAAAAUAUGAAUAAAACACUGAAAUGGUUAUGUUAGUCUGGGAAAUUUGUUUUUGUACCAUUGCAGAAACCAGAGAAAUUGAUGUCAUGGAUAAAUAAACAAUUUAUGGAAUUGGAAAUGCAAAUGAUUUCUUUAGACUUUCAAAUGUUUUCAAUGUGUUUUGGGAACAUUGAACCGAUUCUUAGAGAUUAUUUACUAUAUCUGUAUGAAUUAAAUACAAAUGUAUUUUAUUUAUAACAUUUUAAGUUGGUAGAAUAAAAUACUUGGAUGGACUGCCUCAUUUUUAAAAAAAUAUUCGAUAUUAUUCAACUUUUAAACUGACACAAUAAUGAUUAUACAAGCGUAGAAAUAUAACAUUAUGUUAUUUGAUUGUUCGGCUAACUACUUGGUUAGUUCAAAAGACGAACACAUCAUCACACUGAUGCAAAGGUUGAUACCUCAGACAUAAAGUUGUUGGCAAAUGUUACAUACUGGAAUCGUGUAAUCGUAUUCGUUUUUAGUAACUACCAAUAUUUUUAGCCUGCUUUGUACAAUGCCGAGAGAAAUAUCAGUAAAAAUAAAGGAAAAUGAAAUUGUAAUUUAAUUUUAAUAGGACUCGGACUUGUGUGGAUUCAUUUGACUCGUUUUGUAGGCUAGUCAUUUGACUCGUAUCAAUUUGCAUUGAUUCACUUUACUAGUCAUUUGACUCACUGCAGUUAGCGCGUUACUCAUCUGUUGCGUCACAUGACUCAGUAAAGUAGUCAAAAAACUCACUUUACCAGACGAGUCACUUGAUUGACUUAACGGGUCGUUUUAAGGAUUUUUGGGUGCGAGUCACAAAAAUGAGCCCCAUGUGUGUCCCAAGUUAGUCAACGAAAAGUGAGUCGUUUUAUGGAUACUCACCCAAAUGAGUCAACUGACCCACUUUUCUCUCUCUGUGUAUAAGGUUAGAUAACCAUAUUCAUGUCCAUUUACUGAAUGAUUUAUGUAAAUAAUGUAUAUAUUUCUAAUUCAAUAUUUAAUUGUAUUAUCAAAAUCUGUAGUAUGUUUCGCUGAUUUCAAAUAUGUAUAACAUCCAUGUUUGACUUUUGUUAUUAUUAUCACUAUUCGUUCUUUGUCUGAAAUGUUUCUUUCUGUUAUGUUUAUUAUUAUUAUUAUUAUUGAACUUAAACUUGGAAAUUUGAUUCUUAAUAAAA